UCCAACUCAUUGACCAAACCAAACAGUAAAAUAACUAAUAAGUAACAACACAAAGCGCCCCGCCAGAAAAACAAAACUUGACUUUGGAGUUCAUUCAUUCAUGCAAUCCAAAUUCUAAUCUAGGGUUCCAAAUCACUCUCCGUUGCGACCAUGUACUCCACCAAUUUGAUCGGUUUCAUUCUGGCCGUCGUCUCCAGCGCCUUCAUCGGCUCCAGCUUCAUCAUCAAGAAAAAAGGCCUCCAACGUGCCAGUCUCAACGGCUCACGUGCCAGUGGCGGAGGCUACGGUUACUUGCUGCAACCUCUUUGGUGGCUCGGAAUGGUUACCAUGAUUGUCGGAGAGAUAGCGAAUUUCGUGGCGUACGUUUAUGCCCCCGCGGUGCUUGUCACGCCGCUUGGUGCUUUGAGUAUUAUUGUUAGUGCUGUGUUGGCGCAUUUCAUGUUGAACGAGAAGCUGCAGAAAAUGGGCAUGCUGGGGUGUCUUCUGUGCAUUGUGGGGUCCACUGUGAUUGUGCUCCAUGCACCUCAAGAGAAGCCUCUUAGUUCUGUAGAAGAAAUUUGGCAGUUAGCACUUCAACCGGCAUUCUUGUUGUACACUGCCUCGACCAUCGCUGUAGCUUUCUUUUUGAUAUUGUAUUGUGCUCCUCGCUUUGGCCAGACUAAUAUUUUAGUUUAUAUUGGAAUAUGCUCCAUAAUUGGAUCCUUGACUGUCAUGAGCAUAAAAGCCAUUGGCAUUGCUAUAAGACUUACAAUUGAGGGUGCCGAUCAGUUUGUUCAGUUUCAGACAUGGAUUUUUACGAUGGUUGCUAUUUCCUGCAUCAUUACGCAGUUAAAUUAUCUUAAUAUGGCAUUGGAUACUUUUAACACAGCAGUUGUUUCUCCGAUCUACUAUGCCUUGUUCACAUCUUUUACAAUAUUAGCUAGUGCAAUCAUGUUUAAGGACUAUUCUGGUCAAAGUAUAAGCAGUAUUGCAUCAGAGUUAUGUGGUUUCAUUACUGUUUUAUCUGGUACAACUGUAUUACACAGUACAAGAGAGCCAGAUCCUCCAGUCAAUACAGAUUUGUAUAGUCCCUUGUCUCCAAAAGUAUCGUGGUAUAUCCAAGGCAAUGGCGAACCUUGGAAACAGAAAGAAGAAGAUGGGCCACCCUUUAAUUUAAUUACAGUUAUCCGGCAAGACCAUUUCAAGUGAUACAGAAUUCUACUGGUGGAGAAAGAAGUUAGAUCUGUCCGUUGCUUGAUGUAGCAGGGUUAUGUACAUUAAGCAACAAAAUGUGGCAGUUAUACGGUUUGGCUCUGACCCCAUCUAUUUGAUUUAGCUAGAUUUAAAAGACUAUAUCAUCACAUUGUGCAGACAGAGACGAGAUAUUGCUUUAUUUUUUGGGGGGUUUUGUUCAUUGGUAUCAUUUGAAAUGAAAGCUUGAUUGCUAUCAUCUAAAAUGCCAGGGGUGAUGUAUCUUCGAGUUUGCAUCAUCAUCAUCUAGUUUUGCAUUAUUUUCCCCCUCUUGUAUUCCUUUCCCCAAUUGUAUUUUUUGUGGUCUAUCCCCCCUUCCCCCUUCCUUUGAUUUAUCUCUGAACAUUGAGAAAUCUAAUCUAUGUAUAUUGAUCGAUGUAACUUUAGUUUAAUAGAAGGAUGUGGAUAUGUAUAUGUAUGGAUAUCUAUAAUAUUCUACUUCUACAA